AAGGCUUGUAGUGUAGGCAAAUAAAUACAUCAGUUCUUGCGAUGAGUUGAUCGGUUUGUGAGAAUAUUCAGGUCGUGAUUAUUCUAUUUCAUUGACAGUUUAAAACAUAACGUAGUUACGUCAUUCAAAGCUCGUAAAAAUGUCCCAUUUUACUUUAUCGAUUGAAUUGAACUUGAACUUGAUAAUCAGUUAUUGCUCUGAACAUUAUAAUUUUUCAGUUUUUGAUAAAAUUUAUGUCGGUGUCGUUCUGUUUUAGUGAUUAAUUGAAUAUAGAAGUACGAAAAAAAUGUAUUCUUAAAAAGUGUUAACUGUCAAGUAUAAGGUCGAUUGCAUAAUUUAUAUCGAAUUCUUCGAGGUAUUUUGUUCAAUUUUGAAUUUUUCUUCUAUGUAGAGAGAAAGAAGAGCAAGAAGCUCCCAUACUACAAUUGGGAUCACAGAACAGCGAAAUGGCCCACCAACGGAGUGAAACACUCAGAAAAAUAUUUCGAGGAGAACACAACUACCUACUUUCAGCGCUAUGUGUGUCUUUCGGAAUGUCUACUUGGUUACCAGUGAACUCAGUUUAUUCUCAGAUGCCUCUUUUAACUCAGUAUGCUCCAGAAAGUUGGAAUUUGGCUUCAUAUUUCUCGGUUGUGGUUCAAAUCGCCAAUAUAGCUCCUCUAGGUUACUACUUUGUUCGAGACAGAAAAUGGUGUCCGGAUUCGGUCCUAAUAUGUUUAUUUUUGCUGCUGGGAACUAUAGCAUCUGUUUUUCUCUCGUUCACGUAUCACGUGCCGGUAUCUAUAUUUGGUGCUCAGCAUAGUUUUUUCUUUUUCUUUUUCGCAUUUUUCCUGUCAAUGGUUGGUUGUGUCAGCUCAGUAUUAUUCUUGCCAUUCAUGGGUAGAUUACCGGAAGUAUAUCUGGUAUCUUUUUUUAUUGGCGAAGGUUUAAGUGGCUUCAUUCCAAGUUUCCUCGCGUUAUUACAAGGUGUAGCCAAAGAUCCGGUCUGUAUUAGUGUCAACGUUUCAGGUGUUAUAACCAAGCAAGAAGUUAUGAAAGAGCCCUUAUUCAGCUCCGGUCUGUUUUUCUUCAUAAUCUCGACUAUAAUGUUAUUCAACACGUUAUGUUUCCUAUAUCUGAACUAUUUUUCUAAUCUAAUGUCCAAGUACAGCGUUACACCGAACCCCGCUAGUAAUUCUGAAGAAAUUAAUGUAAAUUCAUCGAGGAACCACGAAACCGAAGAUCCAGAUAUACCGAAAUUUUUACUCAUCGUUUUGCUAGUUGUCGUAGGAAUAAUUAACUGUUUUUCUAAUGGAAUCCUACCCAGUAUUAUGUCGUAUUCUUGCCUACCUUACGGUCCUGAAACUUACCAUUGGUCUUUGAAUAUCAACAUGAUCAUUGGACCAUUGUCGAGCUAUUUUGCGUACUUUAUCCCGUUAGUUUCGGUGAGACUGUUGGCAUUCUGUUGCAUUGUGGAAAUUUUAUGCAUAAAUUACGAAUUAAUUACCGCAUUUAGCAGUCCAUUUCCUCCGUUGAUUGGAACCGACAUCGGAGUUGUAAUUAUUAUACUUGUAUGGAUGUUUGGAGCUGGACUAAUCAGUUACAUUAAAUUAUCCAUCGCAGCUAUCCUAAGAAGGAGACAUAAAAAGGCUUUAUUUAAUUAUGGAAUUUCCACUCAGAUCGGUUCAACUAUCGGAGCCCUAGUGGCAUUUAUUUUAAUUAUUUAUGCCAACGUAUUGCACAGUGUGCCAAAGAAAAAAUGUGUUUGAUGAAGUAGAUAAGUAAAAUUUUUUUAGAAUGUGAUUAACUUGAAACACAACGGCGUUUAGGUUUAUAGAUGCUGUGAUACUUAUUAUCUCGUGUACCAAUAAUCUGAUUAGUGACAUUUUUUUAAUUUUAAAUAAUUCUUUUUAUUGUAUUUUUGUUGAUUUGUGUGUACGUGUUUUCCUUUUUAUAAUUUAUUCACCAUUUUUCAUUCCUUUUUUCUCGUGAAAUUCAUCAUCUGUUAUGAAAAAUUUCAAAUGAUACAAUAAAUGGUUGAUUACGUUGA